GUUUGAUUUUUAGGCUUUCCUAGACAUUUUCAAAAGGUUUCUAAAGCGAGAUAACUCAGACAGAUCAGGUCAUUUUUUCUUCUUUUUUUUUACGAAUGGUAUCGACGUUACAAUCUUUUAUGACGGCCCGAUUUGAAGGAAGCGAAAACACGAUUCUAACCAAAACAAAGAAAGCACUCAUGAGUCAAUGACGAGAGAUAAGAAUCCUCGAAUUUAGUAAUGGUACUUUUGUAAGUGAAAGUCAGUGGUUUUGGCUCAUAACUCAGUGAUCGUAAAUAAUAGAUUUGCAAUCUAGUUUUUUGUUUUGUUUUGUCCAUGUUUGGUAGAAUAGCAUAUUUUUGGGAAGGUGUCUGUGCUCAAUUCUACAGAGUGUGUUGUAGCGGGACUAUCUCUCGUUCAAUAUGGAGACGCUUUGCCGUUUUUGCCACUGUUGGGUUUUCAGCACUCCUAUUGUAUCUGUGUUUAACUGAAGUACAACCAGCAAUCGAGGGCCUACAUUUCAUUCAGGCAACUUGUUCAAUAAAUAAGACCGAGAUCAGAGAAUAUGUUCCUUGUAACUGUGGAGCGUAUACUAUGGCUGCUUGCUAUCCUUGUUUAAGAGUGGUGGUUUUUCUCCACGUCUCUAGAAGCGACGGAAGUACAGAUUUCCAGCGAGGAAAGGAAGCAUAUCUGUACGAGAAUUUGUACCUUCUACGUCAAAAGUGCUUCUUUCAACCACCUUCUUGCUGCGAUAGCAAAGAAGAUAACAAAGAUGCCAUAGAAGCUAAACAAAAGGAAUUACACGGCCACCAUGGUCACCACUUUCUGUGCUACUACAGCCCGCACAACUCCCAAGAAGUCAUUCUCUACAGACAUUGUUACGAAUUGCUUAUCAUUAACAGCUUUGUGUGGCCAAGUGUUGGAAUAACUGCGAGUAUUCUGAUCUUGAGAUACCUGAGAAGACUCCGAAUGGAGGAAGAAAAAGAUAAAAUAGAGAUACUACUGAAAGAAGCGAGGGAAUAUAAAACCUCUGAUGAUGACAAGACACUGGAGAAACCUGGUCUAUAUUUGGACGAAGAUGUAUGGAUCCUUAGGAACGACGACGCUAGAAGUUAAACAAAACGUUUUACAUUUUCUGUAGGGACUGGGCUAGUGGCGUAGGGAGUGGGUACGAGGGGGAUUAUGCUGAUGGAAUUCCUGUGUUUUUGGCGGGAAAUUUUUCCGCCAGGACGCGCGCGCUCUUCCUUAUGAGGACUUGGCUAUGCAACUGAGUCAAAUUGUGGUACGGAAGGACGGGUGGCUCUUUUUCAGUAGAAUUACAUUUUACCCAAUAAUGCAAUAAAAUUGCAUAUCUGUAAUAGGAAAAGAUAGAAGCAGGUCUUCUAUUGAAAAGGYUUCUCUUUGACAGACGAAAUUUUCAUUUAUUUCUAUUAUAAAUAUUUUCGAAUUUUUGUACUUUCUUUUCAUCAAAUUUCUUUCUACCUUUGUUGUUAUUAUCUGAGUUUUGUAUUUCCUAUCUUUCUUACUUUGGCUUCCUUCCUUUUUCCCCCUUCCUUCCUUUCUUUCCUACCUCUCCUUCUCUCUCUCCCUUCCCUCUUUAAAAUUAAAAUAUGUCACAGACCCCUUUGAUCCCUCGCUCCAUUUGGAAGACACAACAAGGAAAUUUUACCGUCAUUAUUUUGCGCUGUAAUAAGCUUUAUACUGAAAAUGUCUGCGACCUAUUAUCAAAGAAAGCUAAGAAGCAUUAUCAAUAUGUUCUAUUAAAAGACAAUUAUUUAAGAUUCAA